AUGAAUUCAAUCAAGAUACUUGUCAAUUCCUUUGAUAAUAUACUACCUGGCAACUCAGUACCUUCCACGAAAGAAGACGACUUUGAGCAGCAACAGCAGCAGCAGCAACAGAAGCAACAGCAAAAGGUCAAUGACGAGAUUGAAUCAGUUGACGAUGAUGAUGAAUCUCGAGUUAUAAAAGGACCUUGUAAACUACUUUCGUCUGGACCUGGAGAAGAACUGGAAAGAGAAGCUGUCCUACAGGAUGCUGCUGGGUCAAAAGAGGAGCAGGACGACGACUACGAUGACCAGAUUGCGGAAGAAGUCAAUUUAACAGAACAAGAGGACAAUGCCGAAGCACAACCAGGCUCAAACACUGGAAAAUCAUCACCACCAGCUUUUGCAGUUGGUUCCAUUUUAUACGCAGUGUGGCAAGUGAUUUUCUUUCUCCCCAACUACCUCAUCAUCAAACCCACUCGCCUCGUCAUCACCGUGAUCACUUACCCCUUUGCCAUGAUCAAAACCUCGUUGGGAUUUGGCAAAAAACCCAUUGACGAAUUGACAUAUUUCGAUGACAAAGAGCUGGAACUCGAGAUGGAAGAGGACCCGGUGGUCACUAGAGAGCGACUGGCUUCGAUCAAAUCAGAACAGUCACUACAAACUCAAGAACAAGACGAAUACAACGAUGAUGCAAAAGUACAGCAGUUGAAACAAGACAGCAUAUUGGCCAACGAAGUCAAAUCCCCGACUUUUUUCUCAAGAUACAUCAUUCCACCUCCAAUACGGUUGUAUCCGUUAUCAAGAAACCCGCAAAAGAAGCGCAAGAAGAAGAUUCUCAUUCUAGAUCUCGACGAGACUCUAAUACACUCGUUGUCCCAGGGCUCGCCAAGAUCCUUCCACCCAGCAUCUCAUUCCAAGAUGAUUGAAAUCAAGAUCAACAAUAUCUCUUCCUUGUACCAUGUUCACAAACGACCCUAUUGCGACUACUUCCUAACAGAAAUAAGCAAAUGGUUUGAACUACAAAUAUUCACCGCCAGCGUCAAGGAGUAUGCCGACCCGAUAAUCAACUGGCUAGAAGAAGAAAUUGUAAACACCAUGGAGAAGAAGAAUCCCGAAAGGCGGCACCACCACCACCACCACCAACAGCAACAUCACAUUUUCCUGGAUGAGCCGCGACCCAAGAUUUUCACGAAACGAUAUUAUAGAAACAACUGCACCUACAGACAAGGAGUUGGAUAUAUCAAAGACCUUUCAGCGUUUAUCAGAGAAGACGAAUUGAAAAAUGUCAUGAUUUUGGAUAACUCGCCAAUAAGCUAUGCAUUGCACGAAGACAAUGCUAUCAGUAUCGAGGGCUGGAUAAACGACCAAAACGAUCGAGACUUGCUAAACUUGUUGCCAUUAUUGCACAGCUUGAGCUUAUGCAUCGAUGUGAGAUUUAUCUUGGGAUUGAAAAACGGCGAAAAGUUAUUUGAAUCUUGA